AUGGCUAAGGAGAAAAGUUACAACCCGGUGGCCGCCCAGCGCAAAGCGGACAAGGCAAAGGCAAUAAAAAAAGGCAAAUCAGAAGCUCAAGAGCGACGGAACGAACGACUUGCGCGCAAGAACCCGGACCAAAUACAAAGGCAGAUUGAUGACCUGAAAAAAAUAACAGAGGGAGGCGGCAAGCUCAGCCGCCACGAAGAACAGGUGCUGGAAGGUCUGGAAAAGGAGAUCAAGUCGGUGAAAAAGGCCAGAGAUGCGCUGGGAGAUAAGGCGCCCGUAUUUGGACGUGCAUGGAACCGGGAUGGUGAAGCCAAGCGCGGCGUGCUGGGCAAGCGCAGGCGCGGCUCCUCAGGCGCAUCCAGCAGUGACGAGGACGUGCCAGACGCUGUGAAGAGCAUACCCAUGCCUCGCGAUACGCCACCACCAAUACCGAAAGAGAUACUGGACGCGUGGUAUGCUAAGCGACGCGCGCAGCGAAACGCCGAGCAGGCGGCGCGGUCUGGAGGCGUGGACAAGAGAGACGACAAGGGUGACGCCAAGAAGGACAAGCCAGCGGUCGAGUCUCGCACGGUAUAUGAGGCGGCGCCCGUCACGCGCAAUCUGCAAAAGGAAGCGGUGUCUGCAUUUAUGCCGUCGGCGGUGCGGUCCAAGCUCACCAAGUUAGCUGGCCAAGGCGGCUUGAUGGAGCCAGAAGAAGCCGACGCCCUGGAGAAGCAAGGGUACAUUCCGAAACCAUCGAAACAGCGGGAAACACAAAAAGCAGAAGACGCAUCAGCGUCGCGGCGAGUCACCAUAGAGGAUGUAGAGGAUGAAGAAUGA